CGGACGCAAUGUUGCCGGAAUGUAAAGUGAAGAAGAAGAAGGUAAACCAUAGAGAACCUGCCCCGCAGCUACAACCGCAACUAUUAUGAGAAAUAGCGGGGACUAUGACUCACUUUCGUGGUCAAAUACGGGGGCCACACUGGGGGCCCACAAUGGACAACAUGCUGAUAGAUUUCUGGCGCAGACAUGAAUGUCUGUUUAACUCCUCGGCUGAUUCUUACUACGACAAAGAUGUAAAGACAAAACUGUGGACUGAGUUUGCCUUGUCCAUCGGAAAGUCAGUAUCAGAUGUUGAGAGAAGGUCCAGAUCACUCAGGACUCAGUAUGGGAGGGUGUUAUGGCACCCAGAGAAGGUCAGCACUGUCCAGCAAAAGAUGCUUAGGGAGAAGCUUGAUUUCUUGCGGCCUUACAUAGUUCGCAGGAGAGGUGAAACUUGUCUGGAAGAAAAGUGCAAUGAUCAAGAGGAGGAUGAUAAGGAGUUGGAGACUGAGGAAAGUGUUGAUCCAGAGAUGGGAAGCUCGUUCGGCAGCCCACUGGAUGCUGAUGUGACUGGGCAAGACCUGGAUGAUGAACUGCAGCCUCUUGGCUCUACCCCAAACCUUGCCUCCCUGCACUGUUCAAACCCACAGACUCAGGUCACAGAGGUGAAGUCUGUCAGCUGCCCACAAUGUUACUAUGGAGAGGAAUCCCCUGAUCAGCCUGAAACCGCUGCACUAGGCACUUCCAAACGUGACAUACUGAACCAGUUCAUGGAGGUUAUGAUGUCCGACAUGCGACAAAUUAAAGACCCCAUGGUACUCAUAAGACUCCGCCGAGAUAUUACUGACCUGGUGUUCAAAGCAGUGGAGGAGGACAUGCGGGGGCGAUACAUUCCAGUGCCGUCCACGGCCAUGAUGACUGACAGCACACAGAGCGACUCCUGUCCUCAGGAGCUGCGUUCACUGACAAACAUCUCUUGGAGACAGAGAUCUUUGAAGAGAAAGAACCAAGUGUGUGAGACUGGGAGGGGGAUGCAAAAAUGGGAGGAGAUGAAACACACAAGGAAAAUGGCAUCACAACCUGUCCAUCAAGGUCAAACAGUGCAGAGGAUGAGUGAAAAUGGCCCUCAGGUUACUAUUCAAGAUUUCGAGAUCAAAAGAGAGAUGGAGCCACAUGUAGCUAAGACUGAGGAAGAGACAUUUUCAGUAGCUUGAAAGUUGGCAUGCAGAGUCCAUUGCUUUAGCCCUGGUUGAAGUCAAUCUGUAGAGUUUGUAAGCUACUUUUCUUGGCACAGAAAUAUUUGUGUUUGUAACUUACUAGUACCACUUUAUUGAAAGCUUUAGUAAUUAACAUUUAAACUGGUACACUACUGUAUAAAGGGAAUACCAAGGAAUGCUUAAGACUCAUCUCUGCUAUUGCAAAGAUACAGUUUCUCAAUCUGCACCUCAAGUGUACAGUUUAACUUGUGGAUAUUGUACAUCUAGAAAAGUUACAGCUUAGGAAGAGUAAUCUCUUUUUGGACAGCUGGGUGCUGUGUGAGCCUACUGAGGUAGAUGAAGCCUAGUAAAUGUUUUGAUGUUUUGCUGUGAUUAAAGAAGAAAUAUCUAUUUUCA